AUAUACAACCUAAAAUCUAACCAAUAUGACUUUGUGAGCUUCCUGAUCAAUUCAGUUCUCUGUGAAACAUCCACAGUGGCGGUGAUGGUGUUGUUGUGGAUUUAAAAAAUAUCUUCAAGAUCGUAUAAGAAAAAAACAAAAAUUGAAGAAUAUCUUUUACAAAGAAGAAGAGAAUCAAAAAUAUAAAAUUAAAAAAUAUAAACAACAGAAAAAAGAAUAGAAAAGGAAAUUGAUCUUCAUCAACAAGUUUUGUAUCUUCUACCAACUUCAUCACAUACGAACAACAGCUGAAGAAUAAAAGAAGAAUCAUGAAGAUCUGCUUGGAAUACAAAUGAAGAUAACUUCCUAGACAACAAAAAUCCAAACAAAAAUUCUCAAUUUUUGUCAUUGUUUCCUUCGGUUUUUCAUUCUCCUACACAAACAUCACCAACAACAACAACAAUCGACGACUUUAAAGUGCAAUAAAAAGUGAAAACCUUUUUAUUUAUUUUUGUAUUAAACAACAACUUGUGGAAGUGGAAAACAAACAAACCAAAAAAUAGUAAAAAUAAAAGAAAAACACUCGUCCAUCAAAGUGGUAACAAAGUUAAGUUAAGUUAAGUUAAAGAAGCAAAGAGGAGGCAUUGAACUACACGAAUAAGUAUCUAGAUACUUCAAAACCCCCCUGCAUCUCAGGUACGGUGUGGUACUUGCGCUAACAAAAAUAAAUUGACAACGCUUAUUCGGAAAUACCAUGCAAACAAUUGCGUGCUUUGUUGCAAAUUUAAUAGACUUUUGAUUGUGCAAUAAAUGAAAUUUUAUAGAUACUUUUUUUUAAAAAGGUGUGCUGUUGUUUUAUAGAUUUUAAAAAACUUACAGUGUUGCCAUUUUUCAAAGACUUAGCGGAAACUACUGCAUUUUUAACUUCAAGUCAAAAAAGUGACAUAACACUCUGCCUGCUGGUUUUGCCUCUCUUCGCCAAAGGCAGGCAUAUCGUCGUCGUCGACGUCUUGGUUGUCGUAGCUCGUCGACUUACAUAUUUGGCGAAGAACAAGUUAUUAAAAAUAUAGAAGAAGAAAAAAAACAAUAAAAUCAAUUCCGACCUUGAUAAUCUUAUGCCCACAGCAUUCCGGUCGUCUCCGUUCGUUGUGCCCAUUUUGGGGUUUAGUCUUUUUAAGUUUCGGUUUUCGACGAUCGCACUAUUUGACGUAGAUACAUUUAAUUAAUUUAGUAUGCGCAUCAUCUGAGAUACAUUUUUAAUCAAUAUUCCAAGUCAAAUAAACAGUACGAACGAAAAACGAAAAAAAUGCCUAGAAAACUGUUAAAAUUCUUGAUAAUCUUCGAUAACACAUCGUUGUUAUACUUUCCGGGACAGUUUCUGUCGGGAAAGGUUCUUCUAGAACUUCAGGAUGAUACUCCGGCACUGGGACUUCACUUUCAUGUUGUUGGGGAGGGAGUCGUUCGAGUUGGAUCGGCUCGACAGGAACGAACUUAUGACAAAGAGAACUACAUUGAUUUUCGUAUGAAACUUCUGGGUGAUCCUGAUCAAGGCCCAUCGGUCUUAUCGCCGGGAAUUCAUAGUUUUCCAUUCAAAUUGGGACUUCCCGUGGGACUGCCAUCGACUUUCUUGGGUCGUUAUGGAUGGAUACAGUAUUAUUGUAAGGCUGCGUUGCGUGAACCAACGGGACUGAUACAUAAGAAUCAUCAAGUAUUUAUUGUGAUGAAUCCGAUUGACUUGAAUCUGGAGAAGCCUAUUUUGGCGCAACCAUUUACAUGUGAAGUUGAACACAAAUUAGGAGUUGCAUGCGUAGGUGGCGGAACAGUGAAAUGCAGAGUUGCUUUGGAUCGUGGGGGCUAUGUACCUGGAGAGAGUAUAUCUGUGACAGCUUAUAUAUCGAAUCACAGUAAUAUAACAAUCAAGAGGACAAAGGCGUCAUUGACUGAGACUGUUGAAUAUCUAGCCCGUGGCAAAACCAUCCAAACUGAAAAACGCGCUCUAGCCGUUUUAGUUCGUGGUAAAAUUCGUCCCGGUGGUAAAGAUGAAUGGCAAAAUGAUAGUUUAUACGUACCCCCUCUGCCACCAACGAAUUUGAGAGGAUGUCAUUUAAUAAAGAUUUCGUACGAUGUCUUCUUUGUGAUUGAACCCAAGUCAUUAGAAAAAGAAAUUAAAUUACAACUGCCGAUUGUUUUAGCCACAUAUCCAUUUAGAAGUUCACAGAAUGAUAUUGCAAAUACAUGGCCAGAGGCUGUCUUGAAACCAGACACACAUUAUCCAUCGACAUUACCAAUAUUUAGACCAUGGUUACAUGAGAAGCCUGAAUCAAGCUAAAAAUGUGUGAAUUUGUGUGUUUUUUUUUCGCUUAAAUUUUGUAUUCUAUUAAUUUUGAUUUUAUUUUGCACGAUUAAUUGAAGAGAUUUUUUGUCAUAUUAUAGUCAUAAAAUAUUAUCGCAACGAUAUUCAUCACAAACAAAAAAUGCCAUACACUAAAGUGACUUACUUAUAUUAAUUUUAAUUUUAAUUUUUUAUUUUU